UUCCCUUCAGCAUGAGCUUCACCGGCAAAUACGAAGUUGAGAGUGAAAAGAACUAUGAAGAGUUCCUGAAAAAUUUGGGACUUUCCAGUGAUAUUAUUGAAAAAUAUAGGCACUUCAAGACAACCACUGAGGUGAUUCAGGAUGGGAACAACUUUACCUGGAUCAAUAACUACCCAGGAGGUCAUACUGUGACAAACAAAUUCACUAUUGGCAAGGAGAGUGAAAUGGAGACCAUGGGAGGCAAGAAGUUCAAGGCCACAGUGAAGAUGGAGGGGAACAAGAUUGUGGCUACCUUCCCCAACUAUCAACAAACCUCAGAGAUCGUAGGGGGAAAGCUGGUGGAGAUUUCCACUAGUGGGGGUGUGACCUACGAACGAAUCAGCAAGAAGUUGUCUUAGGCAACCAAAAUCCUGGACCCCUCCUUGCAAG